AUGUCGGUGCCUCUGGCCUCAGAUCUGGCGUUUCGCUACGACGGGAAGAAGCGCGACAUCCCGAUCGCCGACGUCAACUUCAUGAGCAACGACCCCAAGGCCUACUCGAGACUGAAGAUGCCGCCGUAUUGGAGCAUUCCAGAAGUGAAGACGUUCAAGAAGAUGCAGGAGAUGACGCCUUGCGAGCAAGACGAGACGGGCGCCCUCACCGAGAUCCUCGACAGCACGUUCAGGCGCGUCCUUACGCGAGACCGGGUGUACGAAUAUCAGGCCUCCACGUCUGAGGAGAUGCCCUUCCGGCUCGAGUUGGUGCACGCAUUCCGCAGCGAGAAUUUGCACCUGGCGCUAAAGUAUGAGGAGAGCGGUACGCCAAGUACAGGGGGAAGACGCCGCUAG